CCAAGCUUCCCCACUUUCAGCAGCUAACAACUACAAGCCCCACCUUCCAGCUUGCAAUCACAACUUCACCUUCACCUUCGACUUCCAGCCUCGUCUUUCACAUUUCCACAGAUUAAAAAGAUUAAACAAACCUACCCGUCUUACCAACUAAACAUCAACACCCCCAACCGACCAUGGCAAGCCCAAAAGUCACCGAGGCGCUAGCCCAGGUGCAGUCGUCUCCAGACCCAGCAACAGCCUUCGAAAGCCUCCUCGCCAACUUCCAAUCCAUAUCGACGCCGCAGACCGUAUCAGACGACUUCAAGGCCACCAUAGAAGCCAUCAUCACCAACAGCAACAGCCAGACCUCCCCGCAGCUCGGCGUCGUCGCCCAGCGCUCCCUCCUCAGCUCCUUCGUCGCCGCCGCGCGGAAAUUCAACAGCGCAGACCUAUGGGUCGACAUCGCCAACCACGCCCUCGAGACCCUCUCCGCCGCCAGCGGCCAGGCCUCCGCCUCCGUCUCCACUGCUACCUCGGCAACUACCUCGGGCACCUUCGCCGACCAGGUCGCCGCCCUCCUCGAGCUCGCCGCCGACGGCUACGAGGCCAACGAGGAUAACGUAGCCGCCGCCCGCGCCCUCUCCGAGAUCCCCCUCGACAGCUCCCAGCGCCGGGUGUCGCCCGAAGACCGCGUGCGCGUCUGGGUCCGCAUCGUGCGCAACUACCUCGAAGUCGACGAUACCACCGCCGCCGAGACCUACCUCAACAAGCUCAAGAACGUCAUCUACCAGGUCACCGACCCGACUCUCAACCUGCACUUCCGCCUCUCCCAGGCCCGCAUCCAGGAUUCCAAGCGCGAAUUUCUACCCGCCAGCCAGGCCUACCACGAAAUCAGCCUAUCGCCUGCUAUUUCCGAAGACGAGCGUCUGCACACCCUCAGCAUGGCCGUGAAAUGCGCCAUCCUAGCCCCCGCAGGUCCCCUGCGCAGCCGCGCUCUGGGCCGGCUAUUCAAGGACGAGCGCUCGCCCAAUCUGCCCGAGUUCAGCAUGCUGGAGAAGAUGUUCUUCGACCGACUGCUAGCAGCGAGCGAGGUGCAGAAGUUCGCCGAAGGCCUUGCGCCUCACCAGUUAGCGACCACGGCAGACGGAUCGACGGUGCUGGCCCGUGCCGUUGUAGAACACAACCUACUAGGCGUCUCACGACUAUACAGCAAUAUCGGCAUCGACGCACUAGGCGAGCUAUUAGGACUAGAAGCCGAUCGUGCCGAGGACACGACCGCCAAGAUGAUAGAGCAGGGCCGCCUGGUGGGCCGAAUCGACCAGAUAGAACGAAUAAUCUGGUUCGAGCGUGGCGAAGCUUCAGGCGAGAAGGGUAGCGGCCGCGCCGAAGUAACCGUAGGAAAGGAGAUGCGCCGAUGGGAUGCCAACGUUCAGAGCCUAGCCGAAGAGGUCGAAAACGUGACGAACGCACUGCAACGCGAGUUCCCGGAAUUUGUCGCGGCGAAUCUAGUAGUAUGAUAGAAGUAUAAAGGGUAUGCUAAAUCGCAGACGGGAGAGGAGAAAAAAGAAAAGGAAAACGAAGCAUUGGAGGGAAUUUUUAGGUUACGAGUAUGGCGUUGCCGGAGAAUGACUGAAUGCAUAGAUACGGCGUCAGGGACAGACACGUUGUAAAUGGUACGGGGGAGGUUCUAACGAGAAUAUCCCUUCCCCACGAAAUAGAGCGUUAGGAUGAAUGAAUGAAAUAAAGAUAAAGCUUCUUAA